AUGAUGCAUGAGCUUAAUAAACUGAAGGUUUCUUCACCUGAAAACGUUCAAAAUAGUGGUGGUUCGCCUAAAUAUGAAAAUAUUUUCAUUACUUCCAAAGUGCGUCACGAAGUACAAGCUCAAAAUCGUCGUAUAAGUUUAAAUCCAAAUACUCCUAAAGUUGGAGAAGAGGACGAUUCCAAAGACCUUAUGCACACUGGUGAUAUGGUUAAAAAUCGGUGGAGAAUUCUUCAAAAAAUUGGUGGCGGUGGCUUUGGUGAAAUAUAUCAAGCUGUAGACACCCAGUCGGAGCAAGAGAAGUUUAAUCGCGCGAUUUCAAAUGGUACAGAACUAUGCGCAUCCUGUGCUGCCAAAGCUGGCACCAAUCUACUUAGACAUAUUAGUGCUGUAAAUAGCCCUCUAGAGGAUCAUAUUCACAUUCUGAAAUGCGGUGUUUGUGAGCGUCAAUUCUUCUCAACAACAAAGACUACCCCUCAACGGCAGUCAAGUGAAGAUGCUUUGGAGUCCAUAGAUUCAGGAAAUUCCUCUGGCUACUCAGAACGCGGUUCGGUAAUCGAUAAUCAUAUUGUCGCGGUUAAAACAGAAUCAAAUACACAAUCAAAACAAAUGCUUCAUAUGGAAGUUGCGGUGAUGCGAAAGCUGAAGGGGAAGAAGAACUUUUGCGAUAUUUUGGCUUGCGGCAAGACUCAUCGCAUCAACUACAUUGUCAUGACUUUGCAGGGCAAAAACCUCAGUGAGCUGCGUAAAAAGGCUGCGAACAAAUCCUUUGGUCGUUCGACUUCUCUUCGAAUAAUUUGCAAGUGUUUAGACGCUCUACAGGAACUACACAGUGUCGGCUACCUCCAUCGUGAUAUUAAACCCUCCAACUUCUGUUUGCGUCGUGAAGAUUCUAGCGAGAUUUGUUUAUUGGAUUUCGGCUUGGUUCGUCCUUACACCAAACCUGGUACAACGAAUCAGAUACGACCUCCGCGAACAACGGCUGGUUUUCGCGGUACAGUCCGAUACGCCUCCUUAAAUGCGCAUAAUUAUCGAGAACUUGGGAGACAUGAUGAUCUUUGGUCUAUGUAUUACAUGCUAGUUGAAUUCCUAAGUGGACAAUUGCCAUGGCAUAGGAGAAGCGAAAAGGACGUGGUGAAGAAAAUUAAAUCAGAAACGCAUCCAGUUGAAUUAGGAGUCAACGCAGGUUUACCUCAAUCUAUCGCCGCUACGUGGGUUGGUCACUUGAAUAAUCUCAAUUAUUAUACAACACCAAAUUAUCGGGAGUUGCGACAUGUAAUUGAGCAAUGGCUCUCGACCAAUGGAGUUGAUUGGAAUGAACCCUAUGAUUGGCAGAAACAAUCCAUGACACGAGCCGAAUCAGCCAAUUCUUUUACUCCUAUUUUCAAGCGAAACCAACCCGCUGGACGACAGUUUGUGCAGAAUACUAAACGUCCAGCCCACCAUGAAUCUGCGGGUUGUCUUAAGCGAUUAGAUAAACGCGGAUUUGGCUCCUCGAUGGAUCUGAAGCGCACUGAAUCAGAUGGAGGCGGAGGUACAAGGGGAGAGAAUGGACGCAGUACAGUUGCGUUGUGUGAGGAUGCCGUGACAAAUAAAAAUGCCGCCACCGAGAAGAUUAUGCAGGACGAUGAAAAUGAGAACUUUGAGGACGCGUCUGAAAAACUCGAUCCCAAGGACAAAAUCAUGGGAAGUCAUAUUGAUCUUGCAGCAGCAAUACCUGUCGAGAAAAGAAAGACUAGUGAGAAUGCUGACAAGCAGAUUUUGGCAACGUCAAAAGUCCUAGGUAAGCUCCUAGCAUGUAUUUGA